AUGUCUGUACCGCCAUCGCGGGCACACUCUGAGGUAUUCUCAGCAAGCCAAUAUGGCGGUGUGCAGACGGUACGACCCCGUCGAAAUAUAAACUAUUUCAAUUUACCAACCUUUAUUCUUCACAUUGUGGGAUUAGCUUGUUUGUGGGCGCUCUGGUAUUAUCUAAGAUUCACAACAGUUUUCCCUUAUCAUCAAAGAGUUUUUUAUUGCCGAGACAUUCAUUUGUACAAACCGAAUUUUGUCAAUGAAGAUUUCAAUGUGUACGUCUCCUACCCAUUGUUGUACACCCUGGGAUUUGUCUUACCGCCAGUUGUUAUGCUCAUUGGCGAAACUAUGUUCUGGCUUUUCAGUACUAAACCAAGAAAAACAGUCUACGCUUCAUGUGGAGAAUGCAAAGUCCAUCUUUUCACAAGAAGACUCAUGCGUUUCGUAGCUAUUUUCUUAUGUGGAGCUUUAGUCACUCAAAUUUUUGUCGAUACAAUCAAACUCAUGACUGGAUAUCAGAGACCGUAUUUCCUGUCACUGUGCAAUGUGUCUCUAACAUCCUGCACGGCUCCCUUGGAACACUCGCCUUCGCCAUCACCACAUCUAGCUUGCAACUUCCGUGGUGCAGAUGAGUUGAGAUAUGCUUGGUUGACUUUCCCGUCUCUUCACGCAGCCUUCUCCAGUUAUUCUGCUAUCUUCGCUUCGUUAUAUAUAUAUUAUAUGAUCAAUCUUCGCGGAGCUCCACUUUUGCGACCAUUCCUAAUAUUCGGAUUUAUUGGCUUAGCUAUAGUCGACUCUUUCUCAAGGAUCAAUGGAUAUAAAAAUCACUGGAGGGAUAUUUGGGUCGGAUGGGUUAUUGGCGCAUUGAUUGCAUGGUUCUUGUGCUAUUGUGUACUUUGCUUCCAAGAGGUUUAUCAUAUUGUCGUUGAGAAGACUCCUAUGGUAGAAGAUAGAGAACCUCCGUUCUUCAGUUGGUUCCGACUGCCCCGUGUACAAGCUCCAUCCGUUCGUGAGGAUUAUGUAGUAUAUGAAGAGGAUGUGCCACAACAGGCAGGAACUGUACCGCGACAUCGCAGGAAUCAUGAUAAACAAUAUGAGGUUACGACAACGACCGAGUCUUUCCAUCGAACCAUAAGUCCACCACAGAACAAUGGAGGAUAUAACUAUUAA